AUGGGAGGCAAGAAGAGGAAGAUUUCAAUUGAGAAGAUAGAGAAUAAAAAUUCGCUACCGGUUUCUUUCACCAAACGCCGUUACGGUCUUUACAGUAAAGCCUCCCAGCUCUGUCUUCUCUCCGGUGCACAAGUAGCUAUCUUAGCGACUCCGGUUUCUUCCAAACCCACCGUCUCCUUCUUCUCCUUUGGUCACUCCUCCGUCGAUAGCGUCGUCUCUGCUUUCCUCAAGAAUCAGCCUCCUCCUUCUCAUCAGGAAGGUCUAGGGUUAGGGUUUUGGUGGGAAGACGAGCGUCUUGCCAAGUCAGAGGAUACGAAGGAAUUGAGUGAAGCGAUCGACUCGAUUUCGACGAUGUUGCAUAAUCUAAAGGGGUUGCAUUCAACCACUGUGGAAAAGCGUGAGGAGAUGAAGAAGAAGAGGAAGAUGAAGAAGAAGGAUGAGGAUCUUGUUGUACACGGAACUCAUCAAGAACUUGAUUCAGAUCAAACCCUAAUUCUUCAACCGACUUGUGCAAGUAAUUAUUUUCAAGAUGAUCCACCUGCGAAUUUCGAGGAGAAUCAGUUCGUAGCGGUUUCUGAUACCAAUCAAGAGCUGGAUCUUGACCUAAUCAAAGAUUAUGAGAUGAAUGGUGAAGGUCUAACGAUGAGUUUGGAGAUGGAUGGUGUUUUGACGAACCGAAAUUCUUGCUCUGAUUCUAAAGCUGUUGAAGAUGGAGCAUUGAUGAUUCACGGUAAUUCGGAAGAAGAUAAUAAUCUCAAAUUCUCUAAGUAUUUUAAUGAGUUAGCCUCCAUUGUUUCACUUUGA